UUCUUGCUGUUAAGUAGUUGUGUUUACAAAAAUAUAAUACCUAAAUAAAAAGUUUUGAAUUAUGUACUUCAGACUUAACCUUAAGAUUUAGAUACCACUAAAUGAUUUGAAAACUACUAUCACAAGAUUUUCGUCCAAUAGACAUAUAGUAAGGCAGGAACAAGACGUUCACGAGUUGAUAUGCCUAUGCCAAAUAAAGAAAACCAUGGCAUGCCUCCAGAGCUUAAAGUUACAGUUAGUACUCCUCAGAGUAAAACUAACUCCAAAAUAACAGUAGCAACAGUGAAGCCAAGCCUGAAUAAGGCACCACCAAAAGACCCCACGAUGUCCCCUGGCGGGCCACCAGAGGACGAGAGGACGGAACUGCUCGGCUCGCUGACCACGGAACAACAGCAGCGGACCAGCGCGAGGGUCAUCAAGAAGCUGCGGUUGGAGUUGCCGGCUGAUAAGCGAGAAAUAAUAGAAUGCGAAACGCCAAACAAAAUAGACGACAAGGAUCCCCUGAAAUUUCCAACGGUGAGGCAGCGAAUGCCCAAAGCUCUCUGGUCUGCUGAUGAGAAGAGUCUUUUCUUCGAAGCUCUCAACGAAUAUGGGAAGGACUUUGAUGCGAUCACUGCGUAUAUUUGUGGCAAGAUGAAGAAGAAGGGCAUGCCUGAUGGCAUCCUGAAAACGAAGACCCAAGUCAGCCAUUUCUACUAUAGGACAUGGCAUAAGCUGUCGAAGCAUGUGCAGUUUGAUGAAAACGUGAAAAAGGUUGCGCAGGAGCUAUACGCCCUCAUCAACUAUGGCGAGUUACGUCGUAAACUCGCGUCCGUGAGCGAGAAGACGUGCGCACGUCUCGGUGAGAUGGUGCGCGGCGGCAGCAUGGCAGUGCGCGCACGCGGCCGCACCAUGCGCGUGCGCACUCCCAUGUGCCGCGCGCUGCGCCGGCUCAAUCAGAUCACGGAACGCGCAUGCGGCACACGUGUCUGCUCCCGCGCACAGAUAGUCCUGCGCGCGCGCAACACGUGCGCAUGGUCGCGCGUACAAGCGGCUGCGCACAACCCGCGCGCAGCUGUCGCGUUACCGCUGCGUACGCGACUCAGUGCGUUUAUUAGAGCGCUAGAGAAGCGGUGGAAGAGUUCGCACUACAAAAAGCACGCUACACAGAAUGGCAUAGAUAAAGAAGCAGCUAAUCCUGAUGAUUUUGAGAUCCAUGGCAGCAAGGGAGAUCUCGAGGCACAUCUUAAUUUGGAGACAGAUAGGAUUAUCACAGAAGAAAGAAAAAAACCAACAAAGCUAGUACUCCAUCUUGGUCCUCGACCUGGUGCAGAGAUCCAUCUGCCAGUUCUAAGUCCAAGUGAACAGCUCUCCAGUCAGAAGAUCUGCUUCUCGUCUUAUUUGGAGAGGAUGGGAUCCUUGCACCGGGAUAAAGAUAGCGUAAAAAUACGGACACCAAAACGCCAAAGAAAAGAUAGCACAUCCGAAAAGGAUAAAGAUGACAAAAAAUUAAAAUUAGAUGACCCUGAAUCAAAUAAACUAAUCAAUAUUGACGAGACCGCGAUUGACGGCAUAGAAUUAAUGGCGCAUUUUAAAAAUAUACAUGACGAUGAAGAAAAACCAAGCACUGAAGAUGAGAAAGACUUGAAAUCUGAAGAAACGGCAGAAGAAGAUGGGGAAAGAGAGCCAGAAAGAGAUAACGCUAUAUCAGAAAGAGAUAACCCUGUAUCAGAGAGAGACAACGUUAUGUCGGAAAGAGAAAAGGAUAGCUUUUCGGAAAUGGAAGACGAAGAGAAGUAUAAUAAGAGUGAUACAGAUAAUGAAAGUGAUGGCAAGACGGAUAAGGAUAGCAAGUUUAAGAAUUUAAAGGUAAAGUUUCGCAUACGUCCUAAGAAACGUGGUGGCAGCGUUUACACACUUGUCCUGGAGAAAGAUUCCAAUGAUGAGGCUAAGAGCGAAGAUGCUAAAGUGGAAGAACCGAAGUCAGAAGAAGAAGCCAAACCUGUGAUAGAUGUUGAAACAGCGUUGAAACAAAUCCGCGCGGGGUGGGCGGAACAUGAUGCAGCUGAUCUUACUAUCGGAGACCUGUAUUUGAUGUUCGGAUCACGUUCAAAACUCGAGCUCGACUAUUGGUGGGCGGAAGCCACGCCCCCAUUACCGCAGCCAAUCAGAUCGCUCAAAAACUCAGAGAGCGACAAGCUAGACAAGGACAGGCUUAUCGAUAAGAGGGAAAAGGGCAAUAAGACUCCGGAAAAGGGGGAUAGUUCGGUGGAGGAAGAAAGAGAGAAAAGCGAUACGGAUAUAUUUUCGCCGAAGAAUACUUUCAGUCAAGAUAGCAAUGAUGGCAUGUCGGGGGAUGAGAGGAAACCAGGAGAAGCUCCAGCAUCACCAGAACACAAGACAGGCGCGUUAAAAUUAGUCAGCAAGUUGGUCAAUCGGCCGCCAACACAACCGCCACCUGAUGGCUUUUCACAACUUAGUGAUAGGUUAAAACGUCUGCUGGCUCUUGCGGGAAACAGCCACGUGGGCGCGGUCACCAACACUACGGUGUCGAAAUGUAACUGUGGACAUAUUUGUCCAAAGAAACAGAAACCACAAGCGUAUCCCACGGAAAUCCCGUACUUAGGCACCAAACUCAACGAAGGCUCUGUAUUCAGGCAUCCUACACCUAUCGCGCCGAGGCCUAACCAUGAUAUCAUAAAAAAAUCACGUGAAAUGGAAAUUUUGCAGAGCCUCUCCCGGGGGCAGGUGAAUCUGGACGAUUUGCCCCGGCUAAAGAAACGGGGCAGACCUCGUUUGGAGCGGGCCAGUCGUGUUGUUGUGCAAAGGCUCUUGCCCCUAUUGCCCAAACUGCCCCCACCUAGUAACUUAAUACCGGUGAAGCUAGUGCCGAGCGCAGCAGCUGGCGCCAGUGCGACGGCUGGCAACACUAGACUGUUGCCCCGACCUCCCCCACCACCACCCACUUCGACUGCUGAUUUAUCAGCAUACUACGUGCUGAGCGAGUCGAACGGUCAAUUCUUCUUUCACGACGGAGACCGACGCAUCCCCAUCAACCAGCCUGAUGAUGAUGAUGAUAAUGAUGAAGCAGCCCCAGAAGGCGAGUUAGACCUUAGUAUAAAGAGCGAGCCGAGCAGUCAGAGCGCGGACACGUUGAAGCUCAAACAGGAAUCGAACUCGGAAGUCGGUGUAGUGGGCAAGUCUGAAGCCACUGAUAUUACUGGGUUCCUGCCAUCAGACUCGAUGUCCCUGUCCCCGUCCCGUCUGCUGCGCGACGCGGAGGGCUGGCUCGAGGGCUCCGUGCAGGACUUCUCGCUCAGCAGCUUUCUCAACCAGCUCGAGGGCAGACCGCACCCGGAGCUCACGGUGGAUUCCCAGCUGCAGUCUUUAAUGGCGGAGUCGAGUGUGGACUACGUUGCGAAGUUUGCAGACCUCGCCGCAGAAGUUACGGAUCAACCUGAUUUGAAUAAUGAAAUGUCUUGAACACUUAAUUAAGAAGAAAAUGGAUAAAAGAAAAUAAAAUAAUCAUGUACUUUUGUAAUUUGCACACAUACAAUGAUGAAAUGUUUUUAAAUGAAGUUCAGUAUCAAACGUUUUUCGACCAAUAAAAAAAUUGAAUAUACAUGUAUUGUAUAAGCACAAAUUUCAAUUUUAAAACUAGGUUUUAACUUUUAACAAUACGAUUAUGUAUAAUGUUUUAUUGUUUUAUGUAUUUGUUCCUUGACUAAGUUUACCUUUUGGUACAUUUUUGUGUCAAUAAAAUUUAAUAAAGAUGAUUAUUUUAACAAA